GUACGUUGUGUUUUGGUGAAAUCCUGCGCGCUUAUCGUGGCAUCAGUUUAGGCCCGGGUUGCGUUUGGCUGUCCGUGUUGUAUUACUCCUUUUUGCGAUGAACAGAAAUAAGGCAAGUGGCGUGUCAUGGGUGAAACCGGCGGAGCCGUCCUUCCUGAAGAAGUUUAAAAGUGAUGUUGGUUACAAAGAAGGACCGACGGUGGACACUAAGCGCCAGGCGAUGCCAACAUUGGAUGAUGACAGCGGGAGUGAUCGAGAGGAUGAGUUGCCUCAAGUUGUGGUCCUGAAAGGCGGGGACCUGAGCACAGAGGACGUGAAGAAGAUCAAGGACAAAAUUCGUGGUGGAGAAGGAGCAGAGAAAGACGAUGAACUCCCUCCUGAUGGUAAAAUCCUGUUCAAGAAACCAGCCAAGCGCUCCUCAUCAGACAAAUUCCAGGGCAUCACCGCCAGCUCCAGCAAAAAGAGGAAGAGUGAUGGAGGAGAGGAGAAGAAGAAGAAGAAGAAGGUGGUGGUGGACGUGGAGGACGAGGAGGACGAUGAGAAGGAGGAGGUGGAGAAGAAGGAGGUGAAGUCUGGAAAGAAAGUAAAAAACAACAGCCUUCUGUCAUUUGGAGGGGAUGAGGAGGACGAGGAGGACUAACUGUUAUCUCCGAAAUGUAAGACUCAAGGAAUAAAGGAAUCAAAGUGACAUUUGAAUUUUAACGGCGAAAUGUUUCAUAAUAUUGACGAAUAGGAACAGAUGUAAAACUAACAGAUGCAGAUGCUGUCUGGAGUUCAUCCAGCGUCCAUUCUGUCCAUUCUCCAUACAGUGCUAUUAAUUGUGCAUGUCGUAGCCCACUCACUACACAUAGUCAAGCUGUGAUAUUACUGACGACUGUUGGUUUUAGGACACUGUAAAAAAACCUUCAGAGAUUCAAAUUGCUUAAAUUAGAAAUACUUCAUAAUGAGCAUCUUUAUGCCCUUGUUGUUCUAUCAUCGCUGCAGAGGAGGGAUGUUUUCAACUCGGCUUGGUACAUUCAGGGACACUCAGACGUCCUCAAAUUGAGUUUGCUGAACAGGAAGAGCAAGGGCUGAAUGAUUAGAAGAAAAUAAUUCAGUUACAUUUCUGGCCGGCAUUGCAAUUGCAAUUUAAAAUUACCUUUAAAUCAACCUACAGGCCCGUAUUUACAUCAAUUAACAUGAGCAGGUCAAAAUGACCCUCCAAUAAAUUGUACAGAGUGGUGUUUCUUCUUAGACAAAACAAUCUUUGGCCCAGCAUAAAUAGUACAGACGCAUGAUAUUUUUUUUUUUCACCAACUCAGAGUCCCUGUUCAUUUUCCUGAAACACUCACUAGAUGCAGCAUUUGUUAAUUAUGUAAAUUUAAAUUAGAACUGUAACUUGAUUGACAAUUUGAAAAUUCCACUAACAAGUGAGUCAAAUGUCUGAUUGCUCCUGAAUGCACCAGCAGUGAGUUUUUCAGAAGUGGCGCCGCUCACAGCUUCAGCGUGAUCCGAAGGGAACUCAUCUUUGCCAAAAAGAAAAGGCACAUGGUUCAAGUCUGCAAUUGUAAGUUUGCACAGCCCAUUGAGACCUUUCUUUUCAUAUUAAAGUUGGCUUGAAGUUGAUUUUUAUUUUUAUUAUUCAGUCCUGAAACGAAUGGCCCCCUAUAUAAAAAUCUCUGAACAUUUGAAAAUGGUCGACAGUAAUGUAAAGUUCAGGCCAUGUGUAGUUAGUGGGCUGAAAAAUCCAGUGUGAUUCUAUGUGUAGGAUGUCCUUUUUCAUGACAAGAGAACAUGAGCACUAGUUCGUGAAACAGUUAAGAGGUCAGUGCACGUUGUCCAGAGAUUCCUGCAGUCACAAACACACAAGCAAGGCGGAAGCUGUGCUUUUGCUGUUUAAAGGGGCUCCUCAAAACAUCUGGUUGGCACUCCGAUCUACACAAACUAUGCAACUAGAUCUGAUAAAUGGAAAAAGGGCAACACCAGAUCCAAAAACAGGCCGUUUGAUUAUCGGAUUUUUCGUCUGCUUUGACACUGGCCAGGCUAGUUCAGCCUCAUUUUUGUUUUUUGAGAAGUAAAUUAAAAGGAACACAUUUUUCUUUGACACCCAUAUUGAAAUCUCUUCGGGUGGAAUUCAAACGACGACAAACUCUUGAUGACUCCUAGUCCCAGUAGCUCCUGGUGUCCUGACAUUGUUAGACUUCCUCUCAUACAUAUUAAGAUCCUUCUGUUGCUUUCUGUGGUGUCAUCAGAACUGUAAUUGUGUUUGUAAGUAGCGUGGAAGUGCUCUUUGUAGAAUUUCUAAUACAUUCAAUUAUGUAUUGAAUGUAUGAAUAUAUUCUAGCUUCGGCAAAGGAGCUGUAACAGUUUAUGUAGAAACAAUGCAUUCUUGUCAAUGCAGUUUUAUGUUGUUUUUUUUAAAAAGAUUGUGGCUUUGUUUUUAUUGUAUACAUUCUUAGAGAAUGGUUGGCUGUAACAUUUGAAAUAUAAAACAUUAAAUCAACUGUACAACA